AUGAAUGGGGAGGAAGCAAUUUUCCGAGCUGCUGAUAUGACAUAUGUACAGCUGUACAUUCCGCUCGAACUGUCAAGGGAAGUGGUUUGUAUCCUUGGAAAUUUAGGAAACGUUAUGUUUCGAGAUCUGAAUACAGAUUUGAGCAACUUUCAAAGAGGUUACAUUAGCCAAAUCAGAAAAUUCGAUGAGAUAGAAAGAUUAAUAGAAUACAUGAACAGCGUGGCUGAUAGGCAUGCGGAAGCAACUUGGAAAUACAUGUUGCACGAGGAUGAUGACAACGCAACUCAACACCCAAAUUUGACACAGUUAAUAUCCAGUCUACAAACGCACUCCAUGGACUCAAUUAGUAACUUAUCCGAAGAAAUAACACAGUUUGAGGGCAGAGUUCGACAGUUGGAUGAAUCUCUCGGAAAUUUGAAAAAAAGAUUGAAUACCUUAAUUGAGCAUAGGAGCACUGUUUUUGAAUGUGGAAGAUACCUCGAGGUCAAUCCCGGUCUUAGUGGAAGAAUACCUCGCUCCCGGCAGCAAGAUGAAGAGUUUGCAGUGGAUGAUUUUAGACUUACAGAGGAUGAUGUCAGCGAAACUUUGAGUGAUACAUUCUCAUUUGAUGAUGAUAAUACUGACAGUUUGUUGGAUGGUGCAACAAACGUGUCCCCUGAGCUGGAAGAAGGCUUUCGUCACCGGACCAUGGUCACUGGCUCCAUUAACAGAAUGAAAAUUGAAACACUAAACAAGAUCUUGUGGAGAAUUUUACGUGGUAACCUGUUUUUCCACCACAUACCGAUUGAGCAACCACUCCUAGAAGGCGAACAAUUGGUUGAAAAGGAUUGCUUCAUUGUUUUCACUCACGGUGAUGUCUUAAUGAAUAAGGUAAAACGGGUUGUUGAAUCUUUAAAUGGAACAAUAUUCUCUCUAUCUGGGGUAGACUCGAACAUUCAACGCCUGAAUGAUCAAAUUUCUGACUUGCAGCAGAUUUGCCAGACUACAGAGCAAACAUUACACACAGAGCUGCUGAUUGUUUCUGAUCAGCUACCUAUGUGGACUGCCAUGGUAAGAAGGGAGAAAUAUAUUUAUGCAACUUUAAAUCUCUUUAAACAAGAGUCUCAGGGGCUAGUUGCAGAAGGUUGGAUUCCUUCUUCUGAAGUUCUAAUGGUUUCCAACGCUUUGAAGGACUACAGCGAGAGUAUCGGUUCCGAAAACAGUGCAGUAAUGAGUGUCAUAAAGACAAAUAAAAUUCCACCUACGUAUCAUAGAACGAACAAAUUUACUGGAGCUUUUCAAUCAAUUGUGGAUGCCUACGGUAUUGCGACUUACAAAGAGGUAAAUCCAGGUCUAGCUACCAUUGUUACAUUUCCUUUUAUGUUUGCAAUUAUGUUUGGUGAUACAGGCCACGGUCUGAUAUUAUUUUUGAUCGCUCUGUAUCUUGUUUUGAAUGAACGGAAGUUUUCUCAAGGCGAUAGGGGAGAAAUUUUCGAAAUGGCCUUUUCCGGAAGAUACGUAUUGCUUUUGAUGGGGUUCUUUUCUAUCUACACUGGUCUUCUUUACAAUGAUAUAUUCUCAUUAUCCAUGACUUUUUUCAAAUCAGGAUGGCGUUGGCCAUCGGAUUUCAAGGAGGGUGAGUCUAUAGUAGCAACUAGCGUUGGGGUUUAUCCAUUUGGCAUUGAUCAUGCCUGGCACGGAACCGAGAACAACCUGAUUUUCACAAACUCAUAUAAAAUGAAGCUUUCUAUCUUAAUGGGAUUCAUCCAUAUGACUUAUUCUCUCAUGUUCUCUUUGGUCAACUACAGGUACUUCAAUUCGAGGGUCGACAUAAUUGGUAAUUUCAUUCCUGGCUUUGUCUUCAUGCAAUCAAUUUUUGGGUAUUUGUCCUGGGCUAUCGUCUUCAAAUGGUCAAAAGAUUGGAUCAAAGACAACAAACCGGCCCCUGGUUUGCUAAAUAUGCUUAUCAACAUGUUUUUAUCUCCAGGUACCAUUGACGAUCAUCUUUAUCCAGGUCAGGCCUUCUUACAAGUUGUUCUUCUGUUGGCUGCCUUAAUAUGCGUUCCUUGGCUACUAUUGUAUAAACCAUUGAAACUAAGAGCGCAGAAUAGAAAUGCAAUUUCUCAAGGUUAUCAAAAUAUUCAUGAUCAAAAUGUUUCAGAAAGCAUUAUUGAGUCUCAAGAGAAUGCUGGUGAUGACAUUGUUGUAACAGAUUUUGAUGAUGGUCCUAAAAAAGAGUUCAAUUUUGGAGAUGUCAUGAUCCAUCAAGUGAUCCAUACCAUAGAAUUUUGCUUAAAUUGUAUUUCUCAUACUGCUUCAUAUUUGAGGUUGUGGGCUCUUUCAUUGGCACAUGCCCAACUUUCGAGUGUUUUAUGGACGAUGACAAUUGCUAAUGCUUUUUCUUCGGAGAAUUCAGGGUCUCCUCUGUCUGUUGCAAAAGUUGUUAUUUUGUUUGGUAUGUGGUUUGUGCUUACAGUCUGCAUUUUGGUUAUGAUGGAGGGAACUUCUGCGAUGUUGCAUUCGUUAAGGUUACAUUGGGUGGAAGCAAUGUCAAAAUUCUUUGAAGGCGAAGGGUACCCUUAUGAACCCUUUUCAUUUCAACAAAUAACUAAUUGA